AUGGAUUCUCAACACAAUUCUAUCCAAAGCUCGCAGCAGGAAGCCCAAGGUAACUCUUCCACAGAGUUUGCUGGCCAUGAUCAUGAUCGCGUACUAGUGGAUACUUCCUCGCAAACCAAUGCGAAUAUCAAUAUUUUGCAAUCAUCCGAUAAUUUAAGGAGGUCAAGGCGUGUUCCUAAGCCAAGAUCAAGUAUUUAUGAUGAAUAUGAGGAAGAAUUAAAGGAAAGGGCGAAUAAACCGAAGAAGAAGAGGCCUGUAGCUUCUAAAAAGAGGCCAUCUUCAGCACAAAAGGCUAAAUUGGAUGGUAAAACAGAGAAAAAGAGGGCCUCCACGAUUGCUAAGGAUGGUAAGCCCACACCAAAGGCAAAUGAUAAAAAAGUGAUGCCGAAACCAAAACCUGCCCAUGAACAAGUAGAACCCGCUUUGACUCCUAGCAAUUGGACUUCAGCAAUACCAUUGCUUACAUCCGAUUUUAAGAACCAAUACAGUGUCAUUUCUAGGCUGAAAAAUCCACAUUUGAAACCUGUCCCAUAUGCUGGUGACAUUAUCAAGUUGAUGGCAUUCAUAAACAAAUUUAGUUCGUUUUUCCAUCUUGAUUUACAAAAUUUAUCGUUCCAAGAUUUUGAGAUCGGUUUAGAUUUAUAUCCUGGUGAUCCCAAGGGGAACGCAUCGGGUAUCACAAAGGGUCCUGAUGACACAUCCGUGCUUCUGUAUCCUGAUUUUAUGGCCAUCAAGGAUAUCGUCCAUUGCCAAGAUAAAAUGAACUUGCUGUUUCUGACCUUCUUAGAUUUGACAUUUACUGAAAAUUACGAUAGUAAAAGUGCGAAAAAGAAGGGCCCACUGACUACCUGGGAAAACCUAAAAUCGACCUCCAAGAAAGUGUUUUCUAAUUCUCUUUAUCGAUUAAGGCUGGUGGCUCGCGAAUGGGGGUACCCACGCGAAUGGCGUCAGCAGCUUCCCAGUGAUGAAGAUAUCUCCAAACCGAGAACUGCCCUUUUUGAGCAGGAUGAGCAAGCUCCUGUGGUGGAUCCCAGCCAUCCAGAAAUCUUAACACCAAAUAUAUAUACCUGGAAUACAAAUGAACCACUUUCGUUAGAAUCAGAUCCCUUGCAAAAUCGAGAAAUGGAUAAGAAUGGAAUUUUGGCGCUCAAACCGAUGGACCGUGUUAUUAUGUUAAGAGCCCUGACUGAUUGGUGUGCUUCUCACUCCUCAGCUGUUCAUAAUGAAAUAUACAAAUUAACGCAUGGUAGAAAGGAUCCCGUUUUUGGUAUCCAAACUCAACAAGUUCCCAGAUAUGCAAUGGAAGGAAUAGAUAAUACCAUGAAUCAGUUCAGAAAACUAUGCACAUUGGUCCAAUCAAGGUAUGAAAUCAGAAGCAAAAAGAAACAUUUCAUUAAACAACUAAAAGAAGGCAAAAAACCGGAUCUAUCGAGGAAGUUAGAAAUCCUAAAAGAAAUCAAAACAGAUUUGAAAAAUGCCUCGAAAUCUGAGAAGGAUGAGCUUAUGUUUUCCCUGUAUGAUAAAUGGGUACCAUUGUUUGAAGGAGAACUACCUGACCAACCGUUAGCCAAUCCAUUUGCUGAAAGGCUUUAUAAAUUACGAUUACAAGAAUUCUUCAUCGGUAGAGUUCCCCACAUAGGUGAUUUCUAUAUGCCAAGGUUACACAGUUAUGGUGAAUCACUGGAAAUGAGUACUUUCACUGAUCUAAGGAGCUUACAAGCAUUGCUAUCUAAAUUCAAAAACAAUGAAUACAAUGCGUUCACGUUAUUUGACAAUGAUGGACAAUCGAUGAGUUCUCAAUUCAAAUUAUUUUACCACGAUACACCAUCAUUGGCGCAUAAUGUUGCACAGGGCAAAAAUACGUUAGGGAAAGUGUAUUGGUAUGAACUAUGUCACGAUUCAGCAGCACUACUAGAUUUCUUAGACUUUUUAGACUAUAAAAUCGCUAAACCUCAAGAUGAAAAAAAGGAUGAAAGUUCUGGAGAGAAAGAAGCCCCACAAAAUGAGGCACAAACGAUGGAUCAGAAAGCUACCGUUGCCACUGAUUCCAAUCCCUCCAUAAAUACGAAUCCACUACCAAAAGAUGCGAAAUAUAAUACGGCGAGAAAAAAGUUACAGAUACUAAAGGAAUUUUUGUCUAAUUAUUACUUCAUUCUUCGUGAACUGGAACAAAUGAAAGUGCAAUUUGCCGGCAUGAAACCAGGCAAGAGACAGUUGAGAAGAAUACAGCGACAAACUGUGAACUAUAAUACAGAAUAUGAUAGUGAAGAGUAUGUCGAUGAAGAGGAUGAGGAAGAGGACGAGGACGAGGAAGUUGAAGAUUAUGAUGAUGAUGACGAUGAUGAUGAUGACGAAAAUCAUUCUUUUCCUAACAAGGCUGGGGCUAAAAGACAACGUACUUAG